AUGGAAGCCACACCACCUCCGCGUCCGCCACCACCGCGGCCAGCAAAGGCAGCGCCUGGGACCUUCAAGUACUUUACCAGGCCGCAGCAAGACACCAGCGUCGGGACACUUUCGAAGAGGGCAACUGCUCGGGCGCGGGAGGACGAAGUGCGGUCUCCGCUGCUGUUCAAGAAGACGCUUUCAUGGCUGCAGCUCGAAGGCCUCGACGGCUGGAGCCGAAGGGGCGACACCAGCGCGAUGCUGGACCGGCUCACCCACCCGCACUCUCACAUGCUCUACAAGGAGGUGAGUGGGGCGGUGUACCGCUUCUACCGGCAGCUGCUCAGGCCAGACCACCCACUGGCCACUGCAGUCGCAGCCGACAUGAAGAGCUUCAAAGCGGCUCGCGAGGCGGGAGGCCUGAGCCGGACCGAGCUGUGGCAUUCGUUCAGAGAGCAGAGGCUCUCGGUCCAGUGGGACGAACAGAUCAUCGGGCGGAUCGUGGGCUUCUCGCAGUCGGGUCGCAGCACCGAGCUGCCCAUAAAGCAAACCGCCAUCGAGUUGCUCGCUAUUGUGUUCUCGGCGUGGGGCACUACUCCUGAGAUCAGCCAAGCGGUGGCCGAGGAGGCGGUCAAGGACUUCCAGUUUGAGCAGGGAGCGGGGCUCAUCGGCAAAGCGGGUCUGACCGGUUGGGGCAAAUACAUGCUGCCCUUCUGGUCGUGCGGCGUACUGGCGCUGUCCAUCACGCUGUACGUGUUCGUGAGAGAGGUGUACUUGGGGUGGAUGGAAAACUUCUUCUUCUACGACGAGUUCACCAUAUUCGAGCACCUGAAUCCAGAUUACUACGGGCGGAUGUGCAAAUCGGCCUUCAGUGCGCUCAUGUACGACAAAAUCAACUGGAACGACACGCGAUUCCUUCUGCAGUUCGUGAUCAACAUGAGACGACCGUCGGAGAAAGGCACCACGAACCAAUACAAGCGUGCCUUCCUCCUGCGUUUCCGCAACGAAGAAAACGACUACAACAAAUCGCACAUCCUCUCCGUCGACCCGUUGAGUCCGAUUGGCGUCGAGUUGGCCGUUCGAGUGCUGCGCUUUUGCAACUUCGAAACCCUUCUGCGGGUAUCGGCGGUGUGCCGAACCUGGCGCUUCUGGUGCUCCAACGACCACGUGUGGCGCGAGGCGACCAAGAACGUGGAAGGGUUUCUGCCCUACCUGGGCGGGGCGUUCUCGCUGUUCCGGGUGCUCCACUACCGCCUGCCGCCGACCGCGAAGGGAAGGGCCCUGUACUACGCCAAGCAUCUGCAGACGCGGCAGCCUCUCCAGUUCCAGGAGCGCCUGCUCAACCUGGUCGACGCCGACUUCCUCGCGGGCGUCAAAGAGAGGCAACAGGCUGCGUCAGAGGCUCUCGCCGCAAGCAGAUCACGAGCCUCGACCCUCUUCCGGAAUCUGGGCGGCAAGCUCGUGGAGAAUGUACAGAGCAUGCUCGCUUCCGAGCCCAUCAUCAUCGCGGUCCCCUUCGAUAUCAGAGAUCGAGAGGCAAACGUUUCGUUGCAGUUUUCGUCUCAGUCCUUCGGCGUCAUCGAUGUGGACGUCAUCGAACGAAUCGUGCCCGCCGCAGGUUCGGCCGGUCAGGCGGAGGACGUGUCCCUCGCCAGCGGGCAAGUGCACCUGCCCUACCUGGUGCACUCGCUCAUGCAGUGGAAGGAGACGGCGCCCAUGUGGGGCGAAGGCGGCGGCCCGCAGAUCUACGUGGAGGGCUUCCUGCGGUGGAUCGAGCGCAAGUUCUGGGCCUACUGGUGGCCACGCCGGAGCGGCCCGGUGGGCCUCUCGCUCGACGACUUCAUCGCCAUGACCUGGGGUGUGGUCGAGAGCGAGCACGAGAUGGACGACAGCGUGGGCAGCACGGAGGCCCCCAUCGAGGCUGAGCUGGGCCUGGACAUCGCCCCGCCCGACAGGCGCGAGCGGGGCGUCCUCCUCGCGCGCAAUGGCCGCUUCCUCGCCGUGGACCUCCAAGGCCAAAGCCGACAGGGCACCUGCAUGCGCAUCGGCGGCGCCGGACCCGAGCUCGUGUGGCUGGCCUCUCGACACAACCGAGUGGCGUCAACGUUUACGUUCCGAUCGGCAGCGACGGGCCAGUUCCUGGUCAUGCGACCCGACGGAGCGCAUACCGUCUCGCAUCAGCCCGGCACCAAGGACCACCUGUGGCGGAGGGAGGGGGCCAGCAGCAAACGUGGGCAGCCGCGCCUCGUUCUCGGGGAGGAGAAGGGCGACGGGAGCUUCCGCUGGCGGGCCGCAGUCAACGGCCGCCCGCUGCUGGAGCCCCAGGAGAAAGGGAGCAGCAGCAGCGGGGCAGGUGGAGGCGAGCAGGACCCGGAGCUGUGGCAAAUGUUUUUCGUGGAGCCUCGACGACCAUCGCCAGCCCAAUAA